UAUAAAAGCAUGUAGUAAUAUGAAGUAUUGUAGACAGCAAGACAAAGGAUGUCAGCUGCCAGUAAGAGUCCAUAGAAGAAGAAGUUCCCAGCCCUGGGGGUGGGUCGUUGUUUGGUGGUCUGUGAACAAGAAGAUAAAGCCUGCCACAGUACUGCAAAAGCGGAGAGUCACAUUCAGAGAGCAAGACACUGAUAAGACAAAGAAAUGCAGUCUGUGGUCAAACAGAACCUCCAUUCUGAUUGCGAAGGAGACAUCAACAAACUCAUCAACUUGAAGCUCAGUGCAGCCUACACCUACCUUGCUCUGGGGAUGUAUUUUGACAGGGAUGAUGUUGCCUUGCCAAAAUUCUCCAGCUUUUUCCUGGAGCUGUCAGCGAAGGAAAGGAAACAGGCUGAGGAGCUGCUGGAAUAUCAAAAUAUGAGAGGAGGUCGAAUUUUACUUCAGACUAUUGCUAAACCAAGUAGAGAUGAUUGGAAAGGUGGCCUGGAUGCAGUGUCCUUUUCUCUAGAAUACCAGAAGUCUCUAAACACAUCUAUUCUUAAUGUGCACAGCAGAGCCAGCGUCCACACCGAUCCUCAUUUGUGUGACUUUCUUGAGGGGCACUUCCUAACCGACAGCCAUGAUACCAUCAAGACGCUGGGCGAUUAUGUUGGCAGUCUGUCGCGCAUCACUGCGUCUGAGACAGACCGUCAUAUGGGAGAAUACCUCUUUGAUAAACAUACUCUCUAAAGGUCACAGCGGUGCAAUAAUACAAAUUCCACAUUGCAAAAUAUGCAUUUCAAGAGGUCAACUGCUGUCGUUCGCACUGAAUUCAAUUUCAUUAAGAAAACUACACAAUAUCUUUAGAGUUUACCCCAAACUUCAUACUUGUAACAAUGGCACAAGAGAAGUUCCAAGCAAAAUACCAGAUAAUACCUCAGUGGGAAAAAUGUUCUCAGUAAUAUGGUGCUAAAGCUAUAAUUUUCUUAAGCUGUUAAAAUGAGUCACUUGUUGAUUCCAACUGAGUUUUAUUGUGUCAUGCAUUCCACUGUGGCAGAGGUUUUAACCUUCAGAUUGUUUUGUAAAAGUGCACAGCAACUAUGUUGAGUCAAUGAAAAUGGCUUAAAGGGUUUAAAAUUUGGAUGAUCGUGGAGAGUGAAUAAAGACAGAUUAUGCUGGCAACUUGGUUUUGUUAGUGUGUGUGUGUGGUUUUUUUUUUUUAACCAGUUAAAGACUUAUGUCCAAUUGCUUAGUCUGCUGUACUGUCCAUCCAUCCAUUUUUCCUCCACUUAUCCGGAACCGGGUCG